AUGUUCAAAUACGCCGCACUCCUUGCUUUCGUGUCUGUGGUGACUGCGCAGUCGCAGCUCUACGGACAAUGCGGUGGAAUUGGCUGGACAGGCUCGACAACCUGCGUUGCCGGCGCUACCUGCACGGUACUCAACGACUACUACUCUCAGUGCUUGCCUGGGGCCGCCAGCAGCAGCAGCACGCCCACGACCGUCUCUUCGAGUCACUCCACCACGACCGCCUCGUCUACCGGCACGAGCAGCGCUCCUACGUCUACCGCGACCCCAGCGGCUGGUAACCCCUUCGAAGGCUACACGAUCUACCUCAGCCCUUAUUACGCCAAUGAGAUCGCCCUUGCUGCAGGCAACAUCACCGACUCGACAUUAAAGGCCAAGGCUGCGAGUAUCGCCAAUAUCCCGACUUUUACCUGGUUGGACACUGUCGCCAAGGUUCCUGAUCUUGGCACCUACCUUGCGGACGCCGACUCUAUCCAGAAGAGCACUGGCCAAAAGCAACUCGUGCAAAUCGUGGUUUACGACCUGCCCGACCGCGACUGCGCUGCCAAGGCAUCCAACGGAGAGUUCAGCAUCGCCGACAACGGCCAGGCCAACUACUUCAACUACAUGGACCAGAUCGUUGCUCAGAUUCAGAAAUACCCUGAUGUCCGCGUUGUUGCCGUCAUCGAGCCUGAUUCGCUAGCAAACUUGGUCACCAACCUGAACGUCCAGAAGUGCGCCAACGCCGAGACGACCUACAAGGCAUGCGUCACUUACGCUCUCAAGCAACUCUCGAGCGUCGGCGUGUACCAGUACAUGGAUGCCGGUCACGCUGGCUGGCUCGGCUGGCCUGCUAACAUCUCCCCCGCGGCCACCCUGUUCACCCAGAUGUACCAGGCUGGCGGAUCCUCGCCUUUCAUCCGCGGUCUUGCUACUAAUGUCGCCAACUACAACGCGCUCACCGCGGCAAGCCCCGACCCGAUCACCCAAGGCAACCCCAAUUACGACGAGUCGCACUACAUCAACGCUCUCGCGCCCAUGCUCGCGUCGUCGGGCUUCCCCGCGCAAUUCAUCGUCGACCAGGGCCGCUCUGGUGUCCAGAACAUCCGCCAACAGUGGGGUGACUGGUGCAACAUCAAGGGUGCCGGCUUUGGUACUCGCCCAACGACCAACACUGGUAACUCGUACAUCGACUCAAUCGUGUGGGUGAAGCCCGGAGGCGAGUGCGAUGGUACUAGCAACAGCUCCUCCCCGCGUUACGACAGCACAUGUUCGCUCUCGGACGCCGACCAGCCUGCGCCUGAGGCUGGCACAUGGUUCCAGGAGUACUUCCAGACCUUGGUCAGCAAGGCCAGCCCUUCCCUCUAAAAAUAUAUGACGUUGUUUUAUCUACUAUACCUA